UGAAAUGGGAUAAUUUUUGAGUAUGUGGAAAAGUGGACUUAUUUUCUCGAGGUUUGAUUUUUUCCUUUUUUCCACCUAGCCCAUCCCGGGACAAUAUCACGUCCCAUUUCAGUAUAGUAGGGAGGGGAGAGAAUUUCAAACUCACGUGACAGUUGCCGAGUCGUCCCCCCACUGCUCAUGCGCAGUAGUUGUCAACUUUCUCACGUACUUUUUAGUAGUCGGCGCGAAGAACAACAUGAAAUCAGUAAAAUGGCGAUGGCAGUAUUCACGUCCCGGCCUAAUUCUCAUCCCUUUGAAGAGAGAAGAGUUCCUUUGACGGAACCAGUGAAGAUAGGACGUUCGGUAGCGAAAAGUAGGCCCGCUACAAACAACUGUAUCUUCGACUGCAAGGUCUUGUCCCGAAACCAUGCUAUCUUGUGGUAUGAAGAUGGGAAGUUUUUCUUACAAGACACUAAAAGUAGCAAUGGAACUUUUGUAAACAAUGUGCGACUCAGUAAAGGUUCAGAAGAGAGUGAACCUAAGGAGAUUAAAUCUGGCGAUAUCGUUCAGUUUGGAGUAGAUGUUGUGGAAAACUCGAAAAAAGUUACCCAUGGCUGUAUUGUAGCCACAGUAACCCUGUUCCUUCCUGAUGGAAAAGAGGCAACAAAAAGUGGUGUUCCAAGAAGCUUGUUUGCAUUGAACGAAAAUGGCAUUCAAGCUCAGGAAAUGUGGCAGUUAUCUCAAUAUUUACAGGAUGCACUUUAUAGAGAGCAAAUGCUUGAAAACAAGCUGGCAAACCUUCAAAGACUUUUAUCAGACUCACAAGCAGCCGUGGAAGAUAACACACAGACGUUUGCUCAAGAGGACAAAUUACUCUCGAGAUUGGAGACUUUAGAAAACCAAUUAGAAACUCUAACAAAGAAUUUAAAUGACGAUGAUAUCAAAAAGGAGCUACUUGUGCUCCAGGAGGAAAGACAUCAUUAUGAAAUGAGAGCAAAGGAGUCAUUGAAAAAAGUUCUACAGGAAAAGCUCGAAGCAAUCCAAAAAUUAACUGAAAUAGAAAAAUCCUGUAACAAUGCAGAAGAUGAAUGUCUACAUUACAAAUCCUUAUAUGAGAGAUCGCAGCAGGAACUAAAAGACUUGGCUGAAAAGCACAAGCAGAGAUUACAAGAGAUGCAAAGUCUUCAUGAUCAAGUUGAAGAAGCAGAAAGGAGACACUCAGCCGUUGAAGGGCAGGCUGUUCAAGAGAAAACAGAAUUUGAAAUAAGAAUUAAAGAAGCACAGCUUCGUGAGGCUGCCUUAGCUGCUAAGGCAGAAUCUUUGCAGGCAGAAUGUGAUUUUACAAAAGAGCAGGUCACUGCAAUGAAAGUUCACAUGGAAAAAACUAAAGGUGAAGUUCAUCAGCCAAGUAACGAAUACAAGUCCCCCGUCAUCCAGCUACAAGAAGAGUCUGUCAUAGAAGCUGUAGAUGUCAAUGGAACGAGAGAACUGGAAAAGUUGCCAGACAACUUUGACGGAAAUGCAACAGUGCUGGAGGAACCGAGGGAUAAUGAUUACUCCAAUACAGAUGAUGUGAAGAUUUUACAAGUUCAACUUGAAAAGCUUCAGGGUGAAGUUGGAGAUAAGGAGAAGAUCCUGAAUUCACUUAUAGAGCAAAUAGAGGAAACAAAACGACUACAGAAAGAAAGUCAAAGUGAAGUAGUGUACUUGAAAGAAAAAUUAGAGAAAUCACAACAAAGUGCAUUGGAGGACAAGGAGAAGAUUCACUCCCUUGAAGAGCAAGUGAUGGAGUAUCAUCUUCAAGCCAUAGAUGAGUUGUCUAUUCCAAAUGAUAGUGAUGCUGAAGAAGGAGACCAUGUUGAUGCCAUUCAACCAGUUACAAAUCAUAGUGACCAUGCAAUGGUGAAGUUGGAUGGCAGGAACUCAUUUGAGGAGAUGGAUCUUGUCAGGCGCCUACAUGAUCGGAUUUGUGAAGUGAAGACCAUGGCAGAAGAAAGACACCUAAUGAUGAUCAGGUGGUCUGCUGACGAUGAUGAUGACGAUGAUGAAAUAAUUGCUAAUAGUAACAGCAGUGCCAAGUCACGUUAUGAAGAAGGCCCUCUCCAUCAACCACGAAAUGCAAGGCAAUUAUUGCAGGACAGUUUACACAAUGUACAAGACAUCAAAGGAGAAUUCAUCGAAAUUGGCAGAAUUAUCGACAAUGAGCACGAGGAAUCACAACAUGUGCAAGGUUAGUAAAUAAUUACUGUUUAUUACAUCAGCGUGUAAUGUUCACAAAGCGUGACAGUCAGGGCCAAUAUGUCUUCUCAACUGUUCCAAUAUAACACAUUGAUUCAUGCUUAAAGUCAGGUGGAACAUUUUCAAAACUAUUCCUUUGGGGAUUUCACGUUGGAAAGAUGCUGACUGACUUGUUAUUGAGUAAGGCUUAGUUCACACUGGUGUUAUAAUGGACAUAAGAUGGACGUUAUGUCGUUAUGUUUGCAGUGUGAACAUCCCGACGUACGGAAAAAAAACCUGAUGUCUUUAUGUCGAUGUUCACAUAAGCUUUUUGUCGUUAUCUCGUUCAUGUCGUUAUGUCGCUGGUGUGAACUAGAGCUAAGAGAACGGCGAUUUUUGGCUCAGGAU